CUGGUGUUUAGUGAGCUUGCUGGUCGAGGGGUGGCGGUGCGGUAGUGUCGCGCCGAAACAACCCUCAGUCUGAAAUUUAACGCGGUCGGGUGUGUGUCUUUAUUGACGUCUUUCUGCGCGAUUACUUGCCGCAUACGUCCAUCUACGUUCCUUUUCAUUGUGCUUCAGUCUGAAUCUGAUCUCGGAUGUUCCCAUCGAAUAACACUGUGCGGUUCUUCCUCUAUUCGACGUUAGAUUGAAGAUCAGAUUAAUUCUCCGAACUGUUGACGAAUCAACGAGCGAGAAUCUAAACGAUCGCGUUACCAGAGAGCAUCGUUUCGGCAACAUCACGCGAGUCUCGGGGAAGGAAACGGUGAAUGAAAACGUAACGGCGGUAUGCGGUAGAAUAGGACCUAAUAAGCUGCGGAAAAGGGCGAACAGUAUGACAGUUGCGAGCGGACGACGCUGAAAACCGUACACGCGCGCUGCUAAGGGGAUCCUUUGCUCGAGAAAGCGAAUGCGAAGUGGAAAGAAGGAAGAUGAGAGUCCGUGAAAGUUGAAGUAAAAAGCUGUACAACGAAUAGCGACAACCUGCCUCGUUCAUUGCGACCAGCCACAUAUCUCCCGUUAAGAUGACAUAGAAUGGGUUGGGUGGCGCUUGGGCGGUGUGCGGGUGGUGGCGGCCGCCUCUCGUCCGUCCUCUCGCUGUCUCUCACCUCCCUCGCAAGCUCCCUCAUCUUCACCAUCCUCUGUAUCCUCACACUUGCCCUCACUCUUGUCACUCUCGUGCGUGCCGAAGACAUCUUCGAGGAGGGCAAGUCGGACAAGGAGAUUCUGGACAACCUGCUACUGUCGACGCGUUACGACAAGCGGCUUCUGCCCCCGGUCCAAGGUACACUGAGGCCCCCGCCCCACACUCGCCAAGACGACUACACCCCUGACUACCUCGUACCCAAUGACCCUGAUCAUCCAGAGCACCUCGAACAUCACCGGCACCGCUACCACCAUACAGCACCACACAACCACAGCUCACUGCUCACCCCUCGUCAAAAGGGAACCUUGACCGUAAACGUGAGCGUGCUGUUGCUAAGUUUGGCUUCUCCCGACGAGUCCAGUUUGAAAUACGAGGUGGAGUUCUUGCUGCAACAACAGUGGUACGACCCGCGAUUACGCUACAGUAACCGAUCGCAGUACGAGUUCUUGAAUGCGAUUCAUCAUUACAACGAUAUCUGGUUGCCGGACACGUACUUCAUAAUGCACGGAGACUUCAAGGACCCGCUCAUACCAGUUCACUUUGCCCUUCGGAUAUAUCGCAACGGCACGGUUAACUAUCUUAUGCGGCGUCAUCUCAUCCUGUCCUGCCAGGGUAGACUCAAUAUCUUCCCAUUCGAUGACCCACUGUGUUCAUUCGCGAUCGAGAGCAUAUCGUACGAGCAAACGGCGAUCACGUACGUGUGGAAGAACGACGAGGGUACCUUGCGGAAGAGUCCUAGUCUAACGUCGCUGAACGCAUACCUCAUUAAGAACCAGACAAUCACGUGUCCGAUCAAAGUAAGCUGGAGAGCUGAUGGACAGAUCAUGGUCGACUACGAGGACGAGUUCGAUGAAUUUGGGGACUCAAAGUGCUCGCUGUGCCAGCGCAGAUUUGAGGAGCAAGGUAACUACAGCUGCCUGAAGGUGGAUCUGAUUUUCACGCGAGAUCGUGCCUUCUACUUCACAACAGUCUUCAUCCCGGGUAUCAUAUUGGUGACCAGCUCCUUCAUAACCUUCUGGCUUGAAUGGAACGCGGUGCCAGCGCGAGUAAUGAUCGGUGUGACGACGAUGCUCAACUUCUUCACGACGUCGAACGGUUUCCGCUCGACGCUGCCCGUCGUGUCGAACCUAACUGCCAUGAACGUGUGGGACGGCGUGUGUAUGUGCUUCAUCUACGCCAGCUUGCUCGAGUUCGUCUGCGUGAAUUACGUCGGUCGUAAACGGCCGAUGCACAAUGUCGUCUAUCGUCCUGGAGAGAAUCCCGUCACCCAGCGGCUCCCAGCGGUGCUCAGCAGGAUAGGGAUAAUAUUGGCCAGCCCCUUGAAGCGAGAGGGCGGUCCACCGACCGGAGCUACGACAGGACCGAACGAGAUUGUAACCUGCACCAAUUGUGGACCCAACCCUUGCACGCACACGGCCACCAAUGGAUGCACAGCCGAGCUAAGAAAAAAGGAACCGCCGCAUCCGAUAAGAGUGGCAAAGACGAUCGACGUGAUAGCAAGAAUUACCUUUCCGGUCGCCUAUUUCAUGUUCCUCACCUUUUUCUUCAUCCACUACAAGGGCACCUCGUAGACGUGGACACCAGAGGCGACGACGUUCGAAAGAAAUCCACCAUUGAUCAUCGACUAAGACCGGUCCCACGCGGCGUGAUUUUGUUUAAAUUCGUUUUAAAUUAUCAAGGAGAAUUCGAGGCAAAUCGAAAGAAAAGCGGGAAGCGCGACACGGAAAUCGGCAGGUCGUUUCGAAAGUGUGUUUAAUUCGAGGAAGAUGAACGUCGCAUGAACUCGAUGAUCGAGUCCAAGUGUUCGGCGAUUUUUUCUCCGCUCGAAGAAUCGGAGCAUAAUGUCGGAAAAGGUCGGGAAAAGUGUUUCGAAAUCAAUGUCGAAAUCGAGUCACCUCAUCACGUUACGUGGCUGAUAUUCGCAGAGAGAAUAGGUUAACGAGAUAUGGAAAAGCGUCGAUCGGCACGUGAUUAAGCGAAGAUCGUACCGAAGUAGCUGACAGUCCUUUGCCGUGGAAGGAAACGUCGUAAACGGGAAAAGCUCGAAUUGGUGGAUUCGCCUCUUCAUCUUUUCUCACAUGUGAUAAUUCUUAAAAGCACUAUUUAUCGAGAAAGCUUGAUCCGACGAAAGGCGUAUUUAUAAACGGAAAUAGAAAAUGAAAGCGAGAAAGAGUGAGUUAAGAGGAUACAGUGAGAGGGAGAGAAAGGGAGAGAGAGAAAGAGAGAGC